AUGGAUAAUCUACUUAUUCAAGUAACAGGAACAAAAAGAGUUGUCCUGUACAGCCCUCGAGAUGCACCAUUUUUAUAUUUAUCAGGUGACAAGUCUGAGGUAUUAGAUGUAGAUAAUCCAGACUUGUCCACAUACCCACUUUUCUCUCAAGCAAGGCGUUAUGAAUGCACCUUAGAAGCUGGGGAUGUGUUAUUUAUUCCAGCUCUGUGGUUCCAUAAUACAGUUGCUGAAGAGUUUGGAGUUGGAGUUAAUGUCUUUUGGAAACACCUGCCAUCUGAAUGCUAUGAUAAAACAGACACAUAUGGGAACAAAGACCCCACUGCAGCUUCAAGAGCUGUACAGAUAUUAGAUCGGGCUCUGAAAACAUUGGAUGAACUUCCUGAGGAAUAUAGAGAUUUCUAUGCUAGAAAAAUGGUAUUACGGAUACAAUCCAAAUCUUACAGUACCAACUUUGAAUAA